AUGGCAUCGUUGUCGAUCUCGAAGAGCUCUGUCUCCAGACAACGAUCUGAUCCGGUCGACCCGGUCACCACCAGUCUGGUUGUAAAAACCAUCAAGCGUGGUCUAAGUGACGGGCCUCGGCGCACCGUCUCCAACAAGGAUCCCGUGAUCUACGCCGAACAGUUGUUCAAUCAGAUGAAAGCCAACCUCAAGUCUUUGAAUCUCAACACAUCACGCAUGAUUCAAUCGAAUUUCGAAUUCCUUCUCCCCGGCAGAUCAUCGACAAAGUAUCAGCUCACAAUCUUCGAAGCUCUUCGCGCCACGCCGAUCACCGUCACUAAUGCCGAACUUGGACGAAUCUUUGACCUCGAACUCUCUACUGAGACUUCUCCUGCUACAGAAGACAACUUUCAUCACUUCUACAUCCGGUCCUGGACGUUCACUUAUAGUGAGCUAGCAGCGCUGUGCAGUCACAUGAGUGCAGACGGUGCCCGCCUUCCUGAAGUGUCCAACUGGCUUGAUGUGGCCAAACUUUACCGUCAGAAAACGGACGUCUUCACUAUUCGUUAUGCAGGCACUGUCUUAGGGCCCGGAAGGCCCUACGAUCGUUAUGUGGAAGACUUGGGCGUCCGUACCUCAGGCAUUCUUGCAGAAUUCACACGCGCAGUUGAUACAGUCGUUCCGCACAUCGGCCAAGCCGCUCAGAUAUUCCUUGUUCGCAACGCAUCUGUGGCCGAACACGACGUGCUCAUGACAAUGUCCGACCCCGAGGACAGAGAACGCAUGUUGAUCGAACUUCUCGGUCAUCAAUCUCUUCUUAAUCGCCAGAGAGGUGGUUACUUCACAUCUUACGUUCCCUUCUAUGAAGAUGUCGAACUCUUCAAGGACCUUCGGACCGACGCAUGGGGUAGUUACAAGAACAACAGAUUGAACUGCCCAGACGAAACUCUUGCAAACCUCACAGCACUAUUUGAUGACAUUCAAUCCUAUGCAAACGAGAACGCGGACCUCACCGGAACUUGGAAGUAUGAGUUUUCAGACAAUUUGCGAGACAUGAGUUUGGGACAAGCCACGCCUCAUUGUUUCCAAAACGUGACUCCCGUCGUGUUUAUCGGCAAGGAUAUCUCCGAAAGUGCAUACAUUAACGCAACACCAUAUCUGAAUCCGCGAUCUAUCGGCCAAGCUGGUCAGUUCCUACGAGACGUCAUCCAUCGGUUGGUUGAUGACGAGACUGUUGCCAAUGGGCGAGAUGUUGUGCCUAACUCGUUCCGUAUGGACCGCAGCUUUUGGGUGUUCUAUGAUCUGUGGCAGUGGUUAGCUCAUAAGGACUUGGAGGCGGCCGCUCGAUUCCUCCAGCGCUAUCUUGCAACUGUUCGUCCAUUGAUCGCCGUCGCAUUCGGCCUUGUGACCAACAAUGUCACAAGAGCAAAUUUCGACAGCCUCAAUGGUAUCAAGAUGAACUCAUACACUUCAGUCGUCUGCGAGCCAAGUAUUCAGUAUUACGACAACGCUAAGAAGCAUGACGCCAACAGUGCCUUCAUCAAUGUUCCACUCUAUGAUCCGGGCCGCGACAAGUACGGCAGCAAUAGCCCUGAGAUCAGAAGACUUAUCGACCUGAGCAUGCGCUACGUCUUCCUUUUGGUCGAUACCGCUGGCGCAGUUUUGUCAGAGCAAAACUCGAACAUGCCUCUCAAUCGUCUGGACAUGUGUAAAGCAAUCAUUGCUCGUAUGGAAAGGUUGUCAGAAACCGACCCCAUUCAUCGUGCCUUCAUGGCCGCUUUGAAAUCUGCUCGAGAUAACUGUGCCGCCUACAUCAGGAUCAACUUCAGCCAGACCGCUUCUGAAGAUGUUCGUCCAGUCCUUGAUCAUGCUGGUCGCCAAAUCAUUCAGAGUUUGGGCGUGGCCAAAGGAGACCCUCAAUCAACCGAGCGGCACAAACAACUCGAUUCAAUAUGGGAACUCAACCUCCCAGAGCUGCACACAAUCAUUGGCCAUGAAGACAGCCUUAAGAAUGAUUGGAAGGCAAUUUUUCUUCCACUCCACCAAGAUCAGUACUUCUAUCUGGCAGUUCUUGCCCAACUGCCCCCUGACAGAUACCUCGUUGAGCUCUUGGACACGGUCCGCCCUACUUGGGCGACAAACGAUUCCUGGGUACACAAAAAAGAGGUGAGAGAUUCUGCUAUUGCGAAAGUCCAAGGAGGACUUUGGAUCUCACGCAGAAAGGACGAGGAUCGCAAAUACACCGUCCAGUUUCCGGAUGCCGCAGUGAGCGCCAAGAACCUUCAUGGUCAUCAAGUUGGGUUUGUCGAAAGCAAUGGAAAGGCUCGUAUUCGGUGGAUUAGAUCCGACGGCAUCACUGAGACCACGAUCCUCGACGUUGUCUCUGCAAUUUCCAAGUCAGACUUCGAAACAAGAACCUUGCUUUUCACAGAGCACGGCAUCAACGUUGUUUCCGGCACCGGCGAUGAAUUCCGAACCAGGUUUGACCAACAAAGCCAAGCCACAAUCCCCUUGGAUCAACUGCUUCACAAUCCUAAGCUCUAUCCCCUAUGGUCGGCAGUCAGAUUGGCACAUGGUCACAAUGUCCCACCAUUUGGUACUCAAUUCGACGAGUCACUAGCCAAACAUUGGGGCAAGAAGCAAGGUGUUGCUGCUCUCGUCCACUCUGCAACUUCCGAGAAACCGCCACAAAAUCGCCCUCCUGAAGAGAAUGACGCUCUCUACCCACUCGACCAAUACCUCAAGAUCUACUUUCCUCAAGGGGGCACCUUUUACUAUCACACGCCGGACAAGGAAGUAGUCAAAGACAAGCGAAGACUUAAUGCAAAAUCCAAGGCAAUAGUGACUACUGAGAACAUGAAACAGUUCCUCGAGAUGCUUGACACACCGGAAUGGGCCAAGCACCCUUACCGUGAUUUCUGGAAGGGCGAGCUGCAAGGCAAGAAGAUAGCUAACGUUGCGCUCUUUAGUAAGAACCUUCCUAUUCUUCGACACACCACACUUAAGACAUUUGGUGGUGGUUCGAGACCGAUCUUCUGGGAGCUUGGUGCUCCAGGUUCCGCAUUGGAUGAACCUUUCGACCAAGACUAUGGACAGUCAUGCCUUCCUGGCGCAAGCGGAAGAGGAGUUGCCGGGAAGACAUUCAAGGCCGCCAAAGCCGGUAAACAACCGAAGAGCGACGGUGCCACCGAACCGGCAGACCAUGGUACUACGAAUAAAGCUAAAGGCAAGGAAUCCACACCCAAGGCUGGACUCAAAGGCACUGCCACCAGCACGACUCAAUCGAAGACUACCACUCGAGCUCCGUACACCGCACUCUCACAUCCGGGGCAAUACCAGACGUCUUCAAAGCGAAAGACAGAGGAUGAUGCUAGAGCUUCACCCAAGCAACCCCCAGCUUCUAGCUUAGCUCAAUCUCCUCCAACUCAGCCGACUACUUCCUCUUACGCCGACUCCGUUUACCAGCCGCCCUCUGAUUUUCCCGCAGACUUUUUCUUUUCAGGACAUGCUACGCCAGCUACGCCAGCUGCACCAGCUGUACCGGCUGCGUCUGCACCGACCGCUCCACGUCAACCCAGCAAGCGCAAGGCAGAGCAAACCCCAGAGGAUGCUGAAGGUGGAAAAUCGGCCCCCAAGAAGUCCAAGCUCAAGAGGCGUUAA